AAUGGCUGAGAAAGGAAGAAGAACAGUUGAGGAAAAAAUAAAUGAAGUCAUUGGAAGAAUACAGGAAUGGGUUCAUAUGGUACAUGUUGCAAAUAGUGGAAAAUUAUUAUCCAGCUAUUGUAGAGAUGACAAAUUUAAUAAAAAUAGUAUUGAAAUUGCUUGUUUAGUACACGAAAUGAAUGAUUAUAAACUAUUUAAAGGUAGUGAAGAAGAGGGUAAACAAUAUUUAAUUAAUUAUUUGAAAGAAUUUGGGUUAAAUGAUGAAUAUGCAAAUGAGAUUGAAGAUAUUGUUUCUAAAAUAUCAUUCAGAUGUGGAUUAAAUCAAAUUAAUAAAGAUAACUUAAGUUUAGAAUGUCAAAUUGUACAAGAUGCCAUUGGAGCUAUUGAUAUUGCUAGAAUGUUUGCUUAUAGUCGACAUCGUAAUCGUGGGGUCGACAGAAAAUGUCCACAACUGAGAAAUUUCAAGACUAGAUUUUGGAUUGAGAAAUGGUUAGGAAGAAGACAGCAACUGAUUUUUACUUAG